AUAGAUGAUUGAAUACAGAGAAAGCAAAAGAGUGUGAAGCAAGGAGAGAGAAUCUGAAGAGAAGAGAUGGCAGAAAUGCAAAGAAGAGCUGGAAGACUUCCUCCUCCCUCCGCCAGGGCCCCUCCUCCUCUUCCGCCUAAAGUUGACCAUCACUUGGCACCCGUUGAUCGCGAGAAGACCUGUCCUUUGCUGCUUCGCGUUUUCACAAAGACUGGUGGUCAUCAUUCUGAUACAGAUUUUGCAGUGAGGGGCAAGGAGCCGAAAGAUGAGGUCCAAAUUUAUACAUGGAAGGAUGCUACUCUUCUUUCUUGUGCUUCUUUGCAGGUUAAAGAGGUAGCUCCCGAUGCAAGAAGAAGAGACGCAGAAUUGUCCUUUGCUUUCGUAUAUCCUGAUAAAAGUGGGCGUUUCGUGGUUAAAGAGGUGGGAAGAACUUUUUCUCAUCCAAAUGGGAGACGACCAGACAAUGGCAAGAGGCAAUUGGGUGACCUUAGCUUCCGGAUUGGAGAUUACUUGGAUGUGGCAAUUCUACAUUGAAUCUAUCCAACUUGUUGAGUACACUCUGUUUCGGUUGCCCGUGGUGUGGUUAGGUCAAUACAUCCCAUCUGUUUCAUGAUAAAAAGUGAUAGACUGUUUUAUGCAUGGAUAAGUAUGGAUAUCUAAGGUUCUACUUCGAAAUGUAAAGCGGGCAAAUAAUGUUUUAUACUGUGUUUGGUAUUGUGAGAUGUUUUUUUCCCCGACGAUCUUUAAUUGCCAAAUCUUUGUUAAUUUCCUUGAA